CCGGACUCGGAUCGCAGCGCGCGCAGCCAUGGCUUCGGGGCCGGCGGAGGCGGAGACCCGGCAGAGGUUGCUGCGCACCGUCAAGAAGGAGGUGAAGCAGAUCAUGGAGGAGGCCGUCACGCGCAAGUUUGUCCAUGAAGACAGCAGCCACAUCAUCUCUUUCUGUGCGGCUGUGGAGGCCUGCGUCCUGCAUGGACUGCGGAGGCGGGCGGCUGGCUUCCUGCGCAGCAACAAGAUCGCAGCUCUCUUCAUGAAAGUGGGCAAGAGCUUCCCGCCGGCAGAGGAGCUGAGCCGCAAGGUGCAGGACCUGGAGCAGCUGAUCGAGAGCGCGCGAAACCAGAUCCAGGGCCUCCAGGAGAAUGUGCGAAAGCUGCCAAAACUGCCCAACCUGUCCCCACUCGCCAUCAAACACCUGUGGAUCCGCACAGCCUUGUUUGAGAAGGUCCUGGACAGAAUCGUUCAUUACCUUGUGGAAAACAGCAGUAAGUAUUAUGAGAAGGAGGCUCUCCUGAUGGACCCCGUGGACGGCCCCAUCCUUGCAUCUUUGUUGGUGGGGCCCUGUGCCCUGGAGUACACCAAGAUGAAGACUUCUGAUCACUUCUGGACGGACCCCUCGGCCGAUGAGCUCGUCCAGAGGCACCGCAUCCACAGCUCUCACCUGCGACAGGACUCGCCCACCAAGCGUCCGGCCCUCUGCAUCCAGAAAAGACAUUCGAGUGGCAGCAUGGACGACCGGCCGUCCCUCUCCGCCCGUGACUAUGUAGAGUCCCUACACCAGAACUCCCGGGCCACCCUGCUGUAUGGCAAGAACAACGUUCUGGUUCAGCCGAGGGAUGACAUGGAGGCUGUGCCAGGGUACCUAUCCCUGCACCAGACAGCUGACGUCAUGACCUUGAAGUGGACACCCAACCAGCUGAUGAAUGGGUCCGUGGGGGACCUGGACUACGAGAAGAGCGUCUACUGGGACUACGCCAUGACCAUCCGCCUGGAGGAGAUUGUCUACCUGCAUUGCCACCAGCAAGUGGACAGCGGCGGGACGGUGGUGUUGGUCAGCCAGGACGGGAUCCAGAGGCCGCCCUUCCGCUUCCCCAAGGGGGGGCACCUCCUGCAGUUCCUCUCGUGCCUGGAGAAUGGGCUGCUCCCUCACGGGCAGCUGGACCCGCCGCUCUGGUCGCAGCGGGGGAAGGGCAAAGUAUUUCCCAAACUGCGCAAGCGAAGCCCUCAGGGUUCGUCCGAGUCCACGUCUUCAGACAAGGAAGACGAGGAGGCCACAGAUUACGUGUUCAGGAUCAUCUACCCUGGCAUGCAGUCUGAAUUUGUUGCUUCCAACGCCUUGGGCAGCACUUCCCCUGUCUUCGUGGGCCCUGCCUGGACGGUGGUUCCUGCGGGCCGGUCCGUGUUAGUGGUGGCCAGGGGCAGUUGGUGGGCGCAAACCAGAUGGGACACCACCAUCCCCACGUCGAGCCUGAAGCCACAGCCCCCUAUCCCCCAGGACCUGAUGGAUGACUCCGUGAGCAACCUGCCAUCCCUAUGGCAACCCAGCCCCCGGAAGUCCUCCUGCUCAUCCUGCUCACAGAGUGGUUCAGCUGAUGGUGUCUCAACCAAUGGCUGCAACCAUGAGAGGGCUCCCUUGAAGCUUCUCUGUGACAAUAUGAAGUACCAGAUUCUUUCCAGAGCCUUCUAUGGAUGGCUUGCCUACUGCAGACACCUGUCCACCGUGAGGACCCAUCUGUCAGCCCUGGUCAAUCACAUGAUCGUGUCCCCAGACUUGCCGUGCGAUGCUGGACAUGGGCUGACGGCCAGGAUCUGGGAGCAGUACCUUCAGGACAGCACAAGUUACGAGGAGCAGGAGCUCCUGCGACUCAUCUACUACGGGGGCAUCCAGCCAGAGAUCCGCAAAGCCGUGUGGCCUUUCCUCCUGGGCCACUACCAGUUUGGGAUGACAGAAACACAGAGGAAGGAGGUGGACGAGCAGAUGCACGCCUGCUAUGCACAGACCAUGUCUGAGUGGCUGGGCUGCGAGGCGAUUGUGCGGCAGAGGGAGCGGGAGUCCCAUGCGGCCGCCCUGGCCAAAUGCUCGUCCGGAGCCAGCCUGGACAGUCACCUGCACCGGAUGCUGCAUCGGGACUCCACCAUCAGCACCGAGUCCUCCCAGAGCUGCAGUUCCGGCCGCCAGAAUAUCCGCCUGCAGAGUGACUCCAGCAGCAGCACACAGGUCUUUGAGUCUGUGGACGAGGUGGAGCAGGUGGAGGCAGAAAGCAGGUUGGAGGAGAAACAGCCCAAGGUCCCCAACGGGAGCUUGGUAAAUGGCACCUGUUCCCCAGACUCCGGCCAUCCUUCCUCUCACAACUUCUCCUCGGGCCUCUCAGAGCACUCAGAACCCAGCCUGAGCACGGAAGACGGUGUCAUGGACACCCAGCGCACUGCCCACCCUGUGAUUCGACCCAGGGACGGCAGUGCAGAUGAGGGGCAGAGCAGCGAGGCCACCACUUCCCGGGACGAGGUCCCCCGUGAGGAGCUGGCCGUGCAAGACAGCCUGGAGAGCGACUUCCUGGCCAAUGAGAGUAUGGACGAGUUCAUGUCCGUCAGUGGCAGCAUGGACGUGGCUCUGCCCGAAAAGGAGGGCCCCACACUGGAGGGCUGGAGGGGCAUCGAGGUGGAGAAGCAGAGCCAGGUGGACAGUGAGGACCUCUCAGAGGAGCCCGAGAUGGAAAGUCUCUUCCCUGCACUCACUUCUCUGGCUGUGACCACGUCUGCCAACAACGAGGUGUCCCCCGUGUCUUCCAGUGGUGUCACUUACUCCCCCGAGCUGCUGGAUCUGUACACCGUGAACCUGCACCGCAUCGAGAAGGACGUGCAGAGGUGUGACCGCAACUACUGGUACUUCACACCUGCCAACCUGGAGAAGCUACGGAACAUCAUGUGCAGCUACAUCUGGCAGCACAUCGAGAUCGGCUAUGUCCAGGGUAUGUGUGACCUCCUGGCCCCACUGCUGGUCAUUCUGGAUGACGAGGCCCUUGCCUUCAGCUGCUUCACGGAGCUCAUGAAGAGGAUGAACCAGAACUUCCCGCACGGAGGUGCCAUGGACACGCACUUUGCCAACAUGAGGUCACUAAUCCAGAUCCUGGACUCAGAGCUCUUUGAGUUGAUGCAUCAGAAUGGGGACUACACUCACUUCUACUUCUGCUACCGCUGGUUCCUGCUGGAUUUCAAGCGAGAACUCGUCUACGAUGAUGUCUUCUCUGUCUGGGAGACCAUCUGGGCAGCCAAACACGUCUCCUCGGCCCACUAUGUCCUGUUCAUUGCGCUGGCGCUGGUGGAGGUCUACCGUGACAUCAUCUUGGAGAACAACAUGGAUUUCACAGACAUCAUCAAAUUUUUUAAUGAAAUGGCCGAGCGACACAACACCAAACAGGUCCUGAAGCUGGCCCGGGACCUCGUGUACAAGGUGCAGACCCUGAUUGAGAACAAGUGAAGGCCACGUCACCCAGGCAGCACCAGCCGAGCCGCCGCCCGCCUGUCCUGCCCGCUUCGCCUCCCAAUCACCGGCGGAGCGAGGUCUCUGGCAUCUGUUCCCGAGCAUGGACUUCUGUGCAAAGAGAAAGUACCCCAGCUUUGGCCACCAGGCAGGUGGGGUCGAGGGGUUGCCCCUUCAGUUCAGCCUUAUGUUUUCCCGUUUGACCAAAGAUCGCCCAAGUCUGGGAUUUCUCCCUUGCGGGAGUUGGGGGUUGGUGUGAGUGAAGGGAACGUCUUUCAUGGUCCCCAGAAUGGUCUCCUCCUUCUUCUCUCCCAACCCUCCCAACUGGGGAAGGAGCUUUUUGGAAAGUGGUGUGGGAGAGGUCUGUGGGGCUACUUCUGUACUCUGAAGGGGGCCUUUGGAGAUAUCUCAGAACGUGGCUGGAAGGUUGGCUUGGAGCAGAGCACUGCUGACAUUUAAUUCUUUUUUUGAGGGAUGCUGCCCUGGGCACUGUUGGAUGUUGAGCCGCACCUGCUAGAUGCCAGUAGCGCCCUCCUCCCCACCCCCCUGUACAUCCGGAGCUUCUCCAGACAUUGCCAAAAUAGCCCCACUUGAGAACCACUGGCUUGAAGGAGGGGCUGCAAGUAGAUCUCCCUCCCCACGUUCUUUGUUCCUGAGCCACCUGUGUCCUGAGACUUUCUCCCACUUAGAAAAGGCACACGGGGCCCUUUGCACAUCUCUCUUGGGGUCCGGGAUUCCAAUUGUCUAAUUUUUUCCUCAUUUUUUCUCCUCCACCUGGCCCUGGGAGAGACUUUUUUUCUUCUUUUCAAGAAGUAUCUAUCUACGAGAAGUGUCUACAGGCAUGAGAUAGGCCUCUUUCAGGUCCUGUUCAGUGUCCCCCAAGGAGGGCAGAGUCCACAUCCCCUUCUUCUCUUCCUAGGGAAGACCUCGCCUCUCCUUCCACACAUUGGGUCUGGUGUUCCAGAAGCUUGGAAGGUGUGUGUUGGUGCAAGCCACUUGUUCAGGGAGGCUGGCUUUUCCCUAAGUAUACUUGCUCACUCAGGACAAAGGAGGGAAAGGAGGACAGAGGUUGGCCCGAGUAGGGUGUGGCAGGUGUUUUCCUUGGGGAAAAAAAACAACAGCCAAUGAACUGUCAUCAGGGUCACAGCCCAGCCUGGAAACGGUCCCCUCCGUGUGUUCACACAAAGGGUCACCAUCCCCAAACAGACCCCAAGCAAGCUAGUUUACCGUGCCUACCUGUCCUCCCAGGAGAGCGGUCCUGCCAGCCCUUCUCUUCGAGAAUGUACCCGAAUCAGGAGAAACAGUGGGAGUCAGGGACGGAUGCUCCUCCCAAGAAUGACAGGUAGGAUCUGGGAGAGGGGAAGAGACUCGUGAAAUACAUUGAAGCAUUCGCACAGAGGGUGCCUUAGUCCUCCCGUUCUGAGCAAACCAGGAGGGGGUGCAGUCCCUGCCUGGCUGCUUGUGAAGGCACUUCCCUUGGACCCAGCACUUUUGGCUGCAUCUGAACUUCCGCCCGAGUGGGGUCUCCUGGGCAGGAUGGAUGAGACUAGAUGGCCCUUGCUUCUGAAGGAUGCUCUGUGGGAGUUGCAUCUCCUCGCCCUGGUCCCCCACCUUCCCAAGAUGGGAGAAAAUGUAUGAAAGUCCCCUCCAGAUAAAAGUUUAUUUUGCCAUUCAGCUGUUCACUACAGAGGAUAUUAUUUUAGCAAGACCCAGGUCCUAGGCCUUCCGAUUCUUACUUAUUUUUUGACAGACCAGUCUGAAAGUACAGCACAAGAUCUCUUCUCUGCCUUCUCUCGUGGUGUUCCAGAGAGCAUCGUGGUUGUGAUUUGGAAUAACUCCUAUUUAUUCAGCUUACUGUGUUUAUUUGGGUCUCUGUACGUUGUGUGUGUCCUCGCGUCCUUGAAUCGAAUGUGUGGGAGUUGUUUUAUCUAUGGAGUGCCCUCCUUUUCUCAGUGUUGCCAACAUAUCUUGUUACUGUUUAUUAAGAGUUGUGUCUAUAUAGAGAGAAAAUAUAUAUAAACAGAAAUGU